CCAGCACACAGUUCUGACUUCCACACUCCGCAGUUGGCUCUGGAAAGCUCAAAUCCUUGAUCAGGGAGAAAAUGUCCAGCCAAAUUGAGCACCCAGCUGGUGGAUACAAGAAGCUUUUUGAGACCGUGGAGGAAUUGGCUGCACCAGUAACUGCUCAUGUCACAGGCAGGAUUCCCAUAUGGCUUACAGGCAGUCUGCUUAGAUGUGGGCCUGGCUUAUUUGAAGUUGGUUCGGAACCAUUUUAUCAUUUGUUUGAUGGCCAAGCGCUUCUUCAUAAAUUUGACUUUAAGGAGGGACAUGUCACAUACCAUCGCAGGUUCAUUCGGACUGAUGCUUAUGUAAGAGCAAUGACUGAGAAAAGAAUCGUGAUAACUGAAUUUGGCACCUGUGCUUACCCUGAUCCAUGCAAGAACAUAUUUUCCAGGUUUUUUUCAUACUUCAGAGGUGUGGAGGUCACUGAUAAUGCCCUGGUUAAUGUGUACCCAGUGGGUGAAGAUUACUAUGCCUGCACAGAGACCAAUUUUAUUACCAAGAUUAACCCAGAGACUUUGGAGACAAUCAAGCAGGUGGACCUUUGUAAAUAUGUUUCAAUCAAUGGCGUAACUGCUCACCCCCAUAUUGAAAACGAUGGGACAGUUUAUAACAUCGGCAACUGCUUUGGAAAAAAUUUUGCAAUUGCCUACAACAUUGUACGGAUCCCUCCAAUGCAAGCAGACAAGAAAGAUCCAAUGAAUAAGUCUGAUGUGGUUGUGCAGUUUCCUUGCAGCGAUAGAUUUAAACCUUCCUAUGUGCACAGCUUUGGGCUGACUCCAAACUAUAUAGUGUUUGUGGAAACACCAGUGAAAAUUAACCUGCUCAAAUUCCUUUCUUCUUGGAGUCUGUGGGGAGCCAAUUACAUGGAUUGUUUUGAGUCUAAUGAAACCAUGGGGGUCUGGCUUCAUGUAGCAGAUAAAAAAAAAGGAAAAUACCUCAAUAUCAAAUAUAGGACCUCAGCCUUUAACCUCUUCCAUCACAUUAAUACCUAUGAAGACAAUGGAUUUCUUAUUGUGGAUCUCUGCACCUGGAAGGGGUGUUUUGAGUUUGUUUACAAUUAUCUGUACUUAGCCAUGCGGUCCAAUUGGGAAGAAGUGAAGAGAAACGCAGAAAAAGCUCCUCAGACCGAAGCUCGCAGAUAUGCCCUUCCUUUAACACUGACAAGGAAAAAACCCUUAAAAAUCUGUCUUCAUACAAAUAGAAAACUCCCAGAACUUUCUAACAGUGCCUGUCCCACAGAAAGUUUCCAUGCCGACACGGGUAAGAAUUUAGUCACCUUGCCCUACACAACAGCAACUGCAACUCUGCACAGUGAUGAAACGAUCUGGCUGGAACCAGAGAUUCUUUUCUCUGGGGCUCGCCAAGCCUUUGAGUUUCCACAAAUCAAUUAUAAGAAAUAUGCUGGAAAACCCUAUACAUAUGCAUAUGGCCUUGGAUUGAAUCACUUUGUUCCAGACAGGCUUUGUAAGCUGAAUGUUAAAACGAAAGAGACAUGGGUGUGGCAGGAACCAGACUCCUAUCCAUCAGAGCCUAUCUUUGUUUCACAUCCAGACGCCCUGGAAGAGGACGAUGGUGUCGUUCUGAGUGUAAUUGUUAACCCUGGCGCAGGACAGAAACCUGCCUAUCUACUGAUCCUGAAUGCAAAGGAUAUGAGUGAAGUUGCCAGGGCUGAAGUGGAGAUGAAUAUUCCUGUUACCUUCCAUGGAAUGUUCAAAAGAUCAUGACAAUUCUCUUCAGUGCACUUAUCGUAAUUUGCUUUUUUGACUUUGAAAAGGUACAUUUCUACUUAUAAAACGGAAAUAUUCUAUGUUCCUUCACUGUCUGAUUUGUAAAACUCAUUAAGCCUGAGAAUUUCAUUUGUCUUGAUGUUUGCAGUAUUGUUAUUUUGUAGCUGUGUUGGUCCCAGAAUUCAGAGAGACAAAGUGGACUAGGUAAUAUGUUUUAUUGGACCAUCUUCUGUUGGUGAAAGAGACAAGUUUUCAAGCUGCACAGCACUCUUUAGGUCUGGGAGAGGUACUCAGAGUGUCUCAGAGCUAAAGAAAAGCGCUGUGCAGCUUGAAAUUUUGUCUCUAUCAACAGAAGUUGGUCCAAUAAAAGAUAUUACACCUUGUGUCUCACUUUUCUUGAUGGUCACUUAAGUAUUCUCUCAUCAGAGUUUUUAGCUUUGCAAAAUCAUUGACAGGAUUUUAAAAUGAGCAGCAUCGAGCAUUUUAAAACGUAAAAUAAUGGUUCUUUACAGAGUUAAACUUUGGGGCAGAGAUGCACUUGAAACAGUACUAUGUGAAAUUCAGUGUGUUGUAGAUGCAAUAAAUAUCAGUGGAUCAAGCUCA